AUGAAAUUACAAGAUACUACUGAAAUAAGUAAAGAAGUAGAAAAACAAGAAGAUAGUGUACGCUUGGAUAAUGAUAGUAAUCAUGCGGAGAAGAAAGACGAUGAACCAAUGGAUUCAGAGCUUAAAACAGUUCUUAAUGAAGUCAAAAUGUUACCGAAUGUUUUGAAGGUAGAAGGAGGGGAGAACAAUACCGAUUCAGAUAAUCAAACAUCUAAGCAAAGCACCAAUACCAAUGAUAAGAAGAAACCUAUAUUAAAUGUAUCUUAUUGUAUAUCGCAUCGAAUUCAUUUCCCCCGGCUUUACAAAGACCUUCAGUCCCACCGACUCAUAAAUCAUCAUCCUUAUCAUCCUCGAGACGACUUAACUUUCACUUGGAUAAUCUACUUCAACAUCGAUAUACAUCUGCUGAAAAUGAUAAAAAAGCCGGCUUAG